AUGGUAAUAACCAUCGCUCAAACGACACUGAAAUGCAUUUCCCAACUUGAAUUGGCUCAACUUAUCGGUACUGGUGUGAAAACGCGAUACCUUCACACGGCGUCCAGCGGUGUUACUAAUUCACCCACAGCAUUCACCGCAAACAACAAGACAUCUUAUGAUAUAACCUCAGGUCGGAUGCCUGUUGCCGCUGACCCGAAAAAAGCGGCUGACUCACUGGAAGCCAUUGGGGAGACCGCUGCACAAAAUGUUGUCGUUGCAGUUGACAGAGUUUUCAAGGGAUCAGUGAAACUGGAUGGUUAUGCUAUCGUCGAUUUCGUGGAAGGUUUACGUCAAGUCUCGGAAGUUAAGCUUUCCAAUCCUACAAUGAUACGUAUGUUUAGUCUGCAGAAGAUGGUAGAGUUUGCUUAUUAUGAUAUGGGUCGUAUUCGGCUGCAAUGGUCACGAAUAUGGGCUGUGUUGGGAGAUCAUUUUAACAAGUGUGGUUGUAACCCUAAUGAAGAAGUUGCGUUCUUCUGUGUCGACUCUUUGCGACAAUUAUCCAUGAAGUUCUUGGAAAAGGGGGAAUUGUCAAAUUUCCGAUUUCAAAAGGAUUUUCUCCGACCCUUUGAAUACAUAGUGAAGAAAAACAGUUCUUCCACAAUUCAUGAUAUGGUCGUACGAUGUCUCACAAAAAUGGUGCACUUGCAAGCCGCAAACAUUCAUUUGGCUGCGUCCGAUCAUGAUGAAGGAAUCGUGGAAGUCGCUUUUCAAACAACAGCCACGAUUUUUGAGAAAUAUUUCUCCGUGACCAUCAACUCUUUCCAAGAUGCCGUCAAGUGUCUCUCGGAAUUCGCAUGCAACGCAAGUUUCCCGGACACGAGUAUGGAAGCAAUAAGACUGAUACGAAAUUGCGCCAAAUUUGUUUCCGAAAAUCCUGUGAUGUUUAAAGACUACGGAGUAGAGGAUGCUGGGAUAUCAGAGCAGGACAGAAUCUGGGUGAAAAGCUGGUUUCCAGUCCUUUUUGAGCUUUCGUGUAUCAUCAACCGAUGUAAACUAGAUGUCAGAACAAGAGGCCUAACCGUGAUGUUUGAAAUCAUGAAAACAUACGGGAACACGUUUCUCCAACAUUGGUGGCGUCAUUUGUUUAAAGUUGUGUUUCGAAUUUUUGGCAACAUGAAACUACCAGACAGACAGAUAGAGAAAUCAGAAUGGAUGACAACAACUUGUAAUCAUGCUCUAUAUGCUAUCAUCUAUGUUUUUACUCAAUAUUUUGAUAUUCUUUCUGAAAUUCUUCUUGAUGUUAUGUAUGGCCAUCUAGAAUGGUGUGUCAAACAAGAUAACGAGCAGUUGGCGAGGUCUGGUACCAAUUGUUUGGAAAAUCUCGUCAUAUCCAAUGGCAACACAUUCUCCGAAGACGUCUGGGAAAAGACAUGUCAAUGUGUAAAGACGAUAUUUGAAUCAACCGUACCUCACGAACUAUUGAAAUGGAGACCCGCUGACCAACAAGUAAUGAGUCUACCCACACCUGAUGUCACUCUUGCAUCAUCACCACUUAAGAUAAUGUCACCUGUCGACCUGGAGGAUGAUAUCGUGCCCAAAUAUCCGGAAGACGAGGACGAACAAGAUGGUCAGCAAUCGUCAAAAGGUUUGAAUGAAACGGAGGAGGAAAUGCCUCAAGAAACAGUUGAAGAAACCAAAGAACAAGACAGCAUUAGUUUAAAUAGUACGCCUAGUUUACGAUUUGAACCUAUCGAAGAACAAGAACCAGUUGUGCAGACGGAGAGGAUGCUGUUCAAUUCAUUGAUCAUUAAGUGUGUCGUUCAAUUGGAACUUAUCCAAAUGAUCGACAAUGUCGUCUUUUUCCCAAGCACCAGCAAGCGAGAAGAUGAAGUAAUAUGGCUGAAUUACAGAAACUCAUUGCUUAUGGUCAUUUUGUUGGUGAUACAUCAGACUCCAUUGAAAUAGAGAGGCGUUUAAUUGACAGAAUUAUCGAGACUAUUUGUAGUUGCUUUACUGGUAUAAAUAGUGAUGUAAACGUUCAAAUACAAAUUAUAAAGAUAUUUAUAAAAGUAAUCUUAAACUGUUAAAGUAUUUAAUGAGAGAAAUGAUAUAUCCUUGAGGAAUUUAACGCUAUGUUUCUUUU